AUGGCGCACUGCAGCCGCGUCAUCGUGCACGGCGUGCACCACGUGGCCCUGAUCUGCGCCGAUCUGGAGGCGUCCAUGGCGUUCUACCACGGAGUGCUCGGCCUGGAGAUCAACCCCGACCGGCCCCACAGCAAGCUGCCCUACCGCGGCGCGUGGCUGUGGAUCGGCCCCGAGAUGAUACACCUCAUGGAGCUGCCCAACCCGGACCCCGCUGACGCCGCCACGCGGCCCCAGCACGGCGGCCGCGACCGCCACUUCUGCAUCGCCGUCGCGGACGUCGGGCCGCUCACCGCCAAGCUCGACGCCGCCGGCGUGCCCUACACGCGCUCCGCAUCGGGGCGCCCCGCCAUCUUCUUCAGGGACCCCGACGCCAACGUGAUAGAGUGCGUGGAGGGAGUGGAGCCCUGGCGCUGA